UUCUUCCUGCAGCUGCAGCAGGCGGAGCUGGAGGCUCGUGCAGACAGCAGCGCUGUGAGCAAAGUGGAGCUGGGGCAGCUGGCGUCCAUGGAGAGCUCCGUGUUCGACGAGAUGAUCACCCUCCUGGAGCGCCUCAAGCACGACAUGUUGGCUCGCCAGGUCGAGCACGUCUUCAGGGAGGUCAAAGAUGCUGCAAAGCUCUACAAGAGAGAGAGUCGUUUCCAUAUCGUAUUCCUUCCUUCUCACGGCCUCGCCGUGUCCCCUCGCAGGUGGCUGUCGCUGCCGUCGCAGGCAGAGCAGGCCGUGAUGUCCCUGUCGAGCUCGGCCUGCCCGCUGCUGCUCACCCUGCGCGACCGCCUGCUGCAGCUCGAGCAGCAGCUCUGCCACGCGCUCUUCAAAGCCGCCUGGCAAAUGCUUGCAGAGAAGGUGGAUUUAUUCAUCUACCAGGAGAUAAUUCUGGCAAAUCAUUUCAAUGAAGGAGGAGCAGCACAACUCCAGUUUGACAUGAAUAGGAAUCUGUUCCCGUUGUUUUCUCACUACUGCAAGAGGCCAGAAAACUAUUUCAAACACAUAAAAGAAGCCUGCAUUAUCCUGAACUUAAAUAUAGGCUCUGCCCUGCUUCUGAAGGACGUGCUACAGACAGCCUCAGAAAAUGAAGAAACGUUAGAGCCAAACCAGCCAUCGGCAACAGCAGCAUUAAAUGAACUUGGGGUUUACAAAUUAGCUCAAAAAGAUGUUGAGAUUCUGCUGAAUUUGAGAGCUAAUUGGCCAAAUACAGGAAAAUAAUUUUU